AUGACCAACGGUCUUCCGGAGCCCAUGAUUACGGUUACUUCGAAUGACCAUGAAAGUCUGAAUUCCAAUGAUGUCCAGCGGGCGCCAUCAAUUCUCAGGCAUUUGCACAGUCUUGCUGCCUCUCCUGGUGCACCGCUGUACCUUAAAUGCGAACUGGAGGCAGAAGCCAAUUUGCAGAUUGAGUGGAGCUUUAACGGAAAGCCGAUUUCCAUGAAUCCUGACGAACGGUUCAUAUGCAAGGCCACUCUAGAUGAUGUCUUGACCACAACCCUCGAGACUGAGGCUCUUCAGCUCGAGGACUCUGGAAUAUUUGAGUGUCGUUUCUCGAAUGAAUUUGGAACUGCAUUCAGUGUGGCCCAGAUUUUUGUCAGAGCACCUACUACCGAAGAGAUAAAUCCAGAUUUUGUCAAAUAUCCCCCUUCAGUAAACGCCGUAGAGUCUGGACCCAUUCACAUCGAAUGCUCCUUCUCUAGCCCUGUUUCAACAGUCAUCUGGAUGGUCAAUGGGACAGAGGCCCCCCCCGACGCCUUGAUCGAGAUUGACGCCGCCUCAAGACAAGUGGUCAUCCUGAGUCUGCCCGCGAUGUCAGCUGAUCUAUUUGGUGUACACACUGUGCAGGGAGUCGACGGAAACUCAGGAUCCCUGAGCCCCAUAUGCUCGUUCGCAGUGAGCCCAACCUCUGGAGCACUCCUCGUCAACGGUGGCAUCUAG